AUGAGUGACAGUGCCGAUAAGAAACACUGUGUAUUUUGUGCACAAGAUGCAAUAAGUAAUAAGUUAAUAAAAUUUACGCCAGAAAUAUUAAAAAAAUGUUUAGUGGUUAUGGAGUUUCGUAGAACCAAACCGGCCCGAAGAAAAUCACGUAGUAAUUACAGUGACGUACAUUUAUCAAGUGAAAAAUCCUUAAACGAUUAUUAUCAUGCUCAGUGUUAUAAAUUAUAUACUGCGGUUGCUGGUACAUCAACGGAUGAUUCAGUCUCUGGUUUUUCUCAAGCAACUCAGGAUGCUGAUAUACAAACAGACAAAGACAAUAUUGCAGAGAAAGCUGAUUUCGAGGAUUCGAAUGAUUACAUUGGUCUAGAUAACGACAGUAAUAAGGCAAAUUUGUCGCCCAAGAUAUGUUUUAUUUGCGAAAAAUCACGUAAACGACUUAAGGGACGAGAAGUACCUAUAGCUGUCAACAGGAAAACAACAAUUGACACUUUAAAAAGCGCAGCUACUGAAUUCUACGACGUGGAUAUGUUAGAGAAAAUUAGUUCCUAUGCUAAUGACUCUGAAAUAUGUUAUCAUAAGUGCUGUAAAGAUAAGUAUCUGCGAGAUCUGACUGCGGUAGAAGAAAGUGACUAUAUAAAAAGUAAAAAAGUACGAAAUUUAGCCUAUUCUUCAUUAUGUGAAAUGUUAGAAGAGUAUGUCAUUAAAAACAAAGAAUGUCUAUUUUACGAGAAGGUUAAGAGUGAAUACCUUAGGUUAUUAACUGAACAAGCUGAGCUAGUAUCCAAUUCUAUUCGAAUUUCGUCAUUUUCGGAACGUCACUUGGAUAGGACUUUUGAUAAGAAAAUAAAAAUUAUAUAUGCUGAGAAAAAAAAUUUUUUAGCGUCAUUUUCUGCUAAUUUUGUUGAGCACAAAGAAUUAUUCGAGAGUAUGACUUUGAAAGAAACGAUUCGUACUGUAGCAUUGCGAUUACGGGAAGAAGCAAUUGAUUGUGUAAGAACACCAUUGCCCGAUGACUGUACAGCUGAAGAUUUAAUUCAAGUCAACAGUGAUUUUGUAUGUCCUGAAGACAUUAAACGUCGUCCAGAUUUAAAUACCGGUGUAGCUUUUGAUAAUUAUGAUCGUUUCAUUGAAACUUUAAAUGGUAAGGAUACACUUCAUGGAAUAAUUUUUCAAGAUAGAGUUCAGGAUGAGCAUGGAAUUCCUCCAACUGGAAAUGAUAUACAAGAUUUUAAUCCAAUUCAGAUUGAUAACUACUCUGAUGCAAGUUUACCUAGUGAAGAAUCAUCAACAUCAAAUGGAAAAUCUACACCUACUGAAGAAUCGACUCUUGAAGAAUCUACAUAUGAAGAAUCUACGCUUGAAGAACAAUCUAUAUCUAGUAAAAAAGAAAACGUGGCGACAAGGAAUCAUCUCGAUAUUUUAGCAUUAAAUAAAGCUCCAAUAAAUUUGCAAGAGGUAAAACAAUUAGAUAUUGCGUGGAAGAUGUCACAUAUAACUAAAAUAACUGAUACUCCAAUGUGGGUCGGUUAUCAUAGUAAAAUAAUUAUUGAUAACUCACCGGUUCAAAUUGUUUCUUAUCUUACUCCAAUAAAUGACACACCGACAAACCAUUCAACAGUUUUGAAAACACUUGAGCAGAGUCAAAAGGUAGCCCAAGAAUGUCAAGCUCCAUACAUCCAGGUUACGUAUGACUUAGCCAUAGCAAGAAUAAGUUAUUGUAUACAAGCUCAAGAAUCACCUAAAUUUGACAACGUUUUUAUUCACAUGGGAGCUUUUCAUAUUGAAAUGACUUUCUUUAAAGCAGUUGGAACAUUUAUCGAAGAGUGUGGCCUAACUAAUAUUAUGAUUGAUUGUGAUUUAAUUGCCGAUGGUUCAGUUGCUGGUUUCAUUGCCGGAAAAAAUUACAAUCGGUGUAAACGGUUGCACUCUUUAGUAUCUUUAUCACUUCAGCAACUUCAUUUUGAAACAUAUUUAGAAAAUAAGAAUGUGACAAUAAACGACUCAGUGACAGAAUUUUUAAAAGAAUUUAUGGAGCAUAAAGAUAUCUCUCCUCGGAUUGUGCAUAGUGAAACCGAAAAAAUUAUAACAGAUUAUGAUCAAUACACGACAGAUACGUUGGAAGGGAAACAUGGAAAGACAGCUCAAUUUUACGCUAUGUACAUAGAUUUAAUAAACCUUUAUCAUAUAUUUAUUAAAAGUAUUAGAGUUGGAGACUUGGAUUUAUACUGUUAUGCACUCGGAAAAAUCGUACCAUUAUUUUUUAUGUACAAUCAGCCCAACUAUAGUCGGUGGUUAGUUUACUAUUUAAACCAACUACAGCAUAUAAAUUACACCCAUCCAGGUCUUCGAGCUGAUGUAUCGAGGGGUUCUUUUGGUAUUCGGAGAACAAUAAAGCCUUUUUCUCGAAUUCCGGUAGAUUUAACUUUAGAACAAACAAUCAAUGGAGAUGCAGCACGUCGGCUAACAGGUAUCACGAAUUUAACUAGUUCAAUCUCUGCCCGACAACGGUGGGCGAGGAAUCACGGUGCUCGCAUUAGAAUCAUUUCUCAUGUUUUAACUCGUGCUGGCUUAAACAAGAAUCUUCAAGAUGUUGCAUCCGACUUGAAACCGGAUCGAAUGAAAAAAAAUCGUGAGCUGAUGGAAAAUUUCUUGCAAAGUAUCAAACAAACCGCCAAUCCAUUUUCUUAUUCAUUUGAUCAAGAUCAGUUGUACAAUAUUUCAACUGGAAAAGCUUCCACUCCAGAAAUUGCCGCAAGUCUAUCAUUAGAAACUAAACUAGAACCAGACCUCGACAAAGUACUUUGUUUUCCUAUAACUCCUGUCCCGUUAUCAUUAUGCCAUAUAGAUGGUUCUAUCAAUAAGACUGUUAAGUCUGUACUCCUUCAGGAAUUAGAAAAAACGGUUGAAGAAGUGGAACAACCACCAGAUCAAUUGGAUUAUUUUGUGGUAGAUGGUUUCUUCUUUUUGAAUACUUUUAAGCAAGUGCCGCGUAGUUUUGGAGAUUUGUCAAAAAAAAUUCUUCAUAGUCUUGUUAAUUACCCUGCUAGCCACGUGGCUAUUAUAUUUGACCGAUAUUUUACCCCCUCAAUUAAAGGUUAUGAGCAUACUCUUCGGGGUUAUACAGAGGACAAACAUGUUUAUAUCUCAGGUCCACAACAAAAGAGAACUGCUGAUUUUGCAAAAGAGCUAAAAAAUAUCAAGUUUAAAGAAGCUUUUGUGAAAUUUCUGAUAGAACAUUGGACUGACCGUGAGAUGGCUACGAUUAUAGGUAACAAGACAAUAUAUCUCGAUCACGAUUUAUGUUAUGUGUAUACUGCUACUAAUAAUGAAGUGACGCGAACAGUUAAUUACGAUUUAUCUUGCCAAGACCACGAAGAAGCGGAUACAAAAAUUGUAUUUUUCACAUGUCAACUUAAAGAAGAUUCUACAGUUACUAUAAGAACUUCUGAUACAGAUAUUGUUGUAAUUAUGUUGAGUAAUAUGGAACAUUUGCAAGCACAAUUAAAAAUAUGGAUUGAUCUCGGAGUAGGUAAUGCACGUCGAAAUGUCAACAUUUCUGCUCUUUUUUCUAAGUUAGGCUUACCAGUUUCUCAAGCAUUACCAGCGUUGCAUGCGCUAACAGGAUGUGACUAUAAUCCUGCUUUUUAUAGACGAGGUAAAAAAAAACCUUUUGAUAUUAUGAUGAAAUCAGAAGUUUUUCAAAAGGCGUUCGCUGAUUUAGGAUCAGAGACUUACAACAUUGAGGCAUCGUUGGUAACAAUGGAAUCUUUUAUUUGUCAUUUAUACGGCUUAAAAAACUAUCAAGUGUGA